CCGCCACCCGGAAGCAGUGGCUAACCCGGAAGAGGUGGUGGUAUAGGGCUUUGCUGGCGGUGGUGGCGGCUGUCUCGGCUUUGGAGGUUGGUGCGGCGCUAGGAUGAACGCGCCUCCCGCCUUCGAGUCGUUCUUGCUCUUCGAGGGCGAGAAAAAGAUUACCAUUAACAAGGACACCAAGGUACCCAAUGCCUGUUUGUUCACCAUCAACAAAGAAGACCACACGCUAGGAAACAUCAUUAAAUCACAGCUGCUCAAGGACCCGCAGGUGCUGUUCGCCGGCUACAAAGUCCCCCACCCCUUGGAGCACAAGAUCAUCAUCCGGGUGCAGACCACCCCGGACUACAGCCCGCAGGAGGCCUUCACCAAUGCCAUCACGGACCUCAUCAGCGAGCUCUCCCUGCUGGAGGAGCGCUUCCGGGUGGCCAUUAAAGACAAGCAAGAAGGCAUCGAGUAGCGGCGGGAAGUGUUGCUGGGCCGGCUCCUACCCUGCACUGGAACCUUUUUCAGCUCCCAGUAGAGGAGAGCAGCUUCCCCAACGUUGGGGACAUCCUGGUGAGCCGGUCCCCACCGGCAUGUCCUACACACGGUUUGUUUUGCUUUCUUGAUAAAGAGCAGCAGGAGGCCUGGCGGGGUGCUGCGGCGGCGGCAGGUGCAUGGAGGC